UAUUUCCCUCAUAAGCACGCGCACACCGGAACGCGGGUUUUACUUUUGUUUUUCGAAGUAAAUGCUCAUUCUGCCCGCGGUGAAAAAAAAUCCGAACCUGUCGCAAAUUCCAGUUUUCAAUUCGCUCCUUGUGAAAACAAUGUGACCACCGUGGGUUUUUUUUUUAAACCUCGGGAUUAUUCGUCGUUAAAGGAGAUUCGUUCCGACAUGUCGAACCUUUCCCGAAACCAGAAGGAGUUGCUGGAGCUUUUGAAGCUGGCGGUCAACAGUCGGUGCGCAGACUGCGCAGCUCCGGAUCCAGGGUGGGCGUCCUACAAACUGGGUGUUUUUGUGUGUCUGACCUGCUCCGGGAUCCAUUCCGGCCUGUCCAGCCGGGUCAAAUCCAUAAAGCUGGACUCCUGGGAGGAUGAACAAGUGGAGUUCAUGAAGUCCAGAGGGAAUGACCACGCCAAAGCUGUGUAUGAGAAGGCUGUUCCUGCGUACUACUAUCGACCCCGGGAAAAGGACUGUGUAAUCUUAAGGGAGCAGUGGAUUCUGGCCAAAUAUCAAAGGAAGGAAUUCACGGGAGAAACAAAGUAUCCACCUGUUUCAUACACUGCAGGUUUCUACGAGGGGAUGCUGUGGAAGAAAGGUAAAGACAACGCCCAAUUUUUUAAGAGGAAGUUUGUGCUGUCGCAGCGGGAAUUCACCCUGUCUUACUACAACAAGGAAAACGAGUCCAAAGGCCCAAAAGCUGUAAUCUCCAUCAAGGACCUAAACAUCACCUUCCAGCCGGAGAAGAUUGGUCAUUCUCACGGGCUGCAGAUCACCUUCCAAGACGGCAACCACACCAGGAACCUCUAUGUUUAUCACGAGAGCGCCCAGGAAAUAGUGACAUGGUUCAACGCCAUUCGUGCUGCUCGCUAUGCCUACUUCAAGACCGCGUACCCGACAGGAAGUGACAAAGAACUGAUACCAAAGUUAACAAGGAACUACCUCAAAGAGGGAUACAUGGAAAAGACGGGGCCGUCGCGGAAGGAGACGUUCAAAAAAAGAUGGUUCACUUUGGACUCUCAAAACAGGAAGUUGCUGUACUUCAAAGGACAACUAGACGCGGAGGAGUUGGGGGUCAUUUUCAUCGGCACAGAGAGCAAGGGUUACUCUGUAAAGGAGUGCGAUCAAAUGCAUGCUCGGGGGAACAAGUGGAAGUACGGCGUCGCGGUGGGAACGCCCCGGCGACAAUAUCUCUUCAUGUGCGAGCAGGAGGGAGAGCAGAGAGAGUGGCUGGACGCCCUCAGACAGGUGCUCUCCAGGCCCAUGGCCCCGCAGGAUUACACCAUUGAAUCCAAUAUUAGUUAUUAAAGAGAAACAACGGAGAGGAUGGCGGGGAGAAGAUUUCAACGUUGGAAAUCACAUGUGAAUAAACUAUUGGAGCACAAGGGAGGACAGUCGCCUGUUGUUACAGCACUCCACCAGAACUGACUCAUCUUAGCGUUGAUGUAAAGCCUCUGGACGGUUCUCUGGGCCAGAGUACGGAUUGUACACUUCAACUGACACCGGAACUGAUGUCAGAUCUUUGAAAAAUACGUGUGUUACAUUUUAAGAAAAGAUAGGUUAAAUAUUAUGCUAUUUGUAUGAUGUUUCUAACUUUGUUGAAUAUUUUCAGUAAUGCAAUGAAUAUUUUAGUAUACUAUUUCCAAUAAAAUGUUUAUAUUUUAAA